UUGUUUGCUGUCAGUUGAGGCAGUAUUUGGUGCUAGAUAGAUUAGUUUAGUUACUAAAAUAAAUUCACAUAGUUCACCUUGAAAUUUUUUUUAAACGACAUUCGAAAUUGUUUCGUGUGAUACACGUCUAACAAACAGAACAAAAUACACAAAAACAUUCACAUAGAAUGAUCCAAACCGAAGAUCGAGAACUUGAUCGGGCGCUGGAACUCUGUCAGCUGAUACAGAGCGAUCUCCGCACUUGCGUCAAUAUUGUGCACCGUUUGGAUCAGAAGUACAAUGAGCCGGACCGCAAAAAGAGUUCCACCUUGCCGCUACGGCCCGAUGUGAUGAUGGGAGAGAACACAUCCUUGUCGGCAAUCAGUUUGGUCCGAUCAUCGAACACGUCGUUGUCCAUGUUCAGCCUGGACAGUUGCGGCAAGAUGAAGGUGGAGGGCCGCACAUCCCACGAGCUGGACUACAUCUUUGUCGAUCUCACGAGCAAGGCGAUCAGGGUGCGCCGCGACCUUGAGGCGGCUACCGCUCACACUCAGCGCAUAACGGACUGCAGCAUGCGCCAGGAGCCCAUCCAGCACCGGAUGCUGCGCGAUGCACGCGGCUCCAAGACCUUCAUGUGUAAACACUAUAGCCGGGGCAAGCUACUGAAGAGGGGUGGACCGAAGCGAAUGUGGCGGCUGCAGGAUUACAUCAAUAUGCCUAUGCUCAGCUAGGAAACAUUGCAAAUGACUUUUCGACGUUGAUAGUUUUUAUUGGAAUUUUAGUUUUUUAUUCUUCUUCUCUUCUCUUCUUCUUGACUGUUUUGAAUGUUUUGUCGUCCGUUUAAGACCUGUGUACCUGUGUAUAAAUGCACCUUUUUAGCUUUCAUUAAAAUUUUUGUCAUCAUUAAACAAGAGAAAACUCUGCCCCGAAAAUUAA